AUGUCCACAUACUCUUUGCCCGUGUCCCAGGAUGAAAUUGAAGUGGUCAAAAAGAUCCUUGCCCGCAUGGAAGCUCACGGUCAGAGCCUAUCCUCGUUUGUUCAGCCUCCGGCCAUCUCCGGUGGUUCUAUGACAGAUGGCAGCAAGCGUGUGCAUGCCGCCGUGGAGCCCAGUGAGAAUUUGUCGGAGGAGGAAGAUUCUGCCUUUGAUUUGAUCAGCGAGGUGGGUGGUUGUGCCAAGAAAGGGGACAAGUCAUCCCAGAAGCCUAUGGCUCCUCAGAUCUCCUUGCCUCCGAUGGUGAACAGUCUGGAAAAGUGGGGGAAGACUGUGUGCACCCUUCCCAAGGUGAAGGCUGACGAUGUGACCUAUUAUCAGAUUGGCACUUUGCCGAAGUACCGUGACUAUUGCGACUGGGUCUUCGAGCAGGGUGAGAGCAAGGGUGCCAAGUGUGUGGACCUUCGCAACUAUUUGAUUGCCGCUGGUCUGGUGUCAGAGCCCGAAGGGGUUGUCUUUCCUGGCACGCGCACAGCGUCCCAGCCGACGUCCUUGGUGGCCGAGACCUGGUCCUUGGGCGAUGUGCCGAACCGUCCGAUUACCACGACCUUUGGUGGUUUGAAGGGGAGCCUAGCGCUCAAACCCAAGGGCAAAGCCGAUACAGGCCGUUUACUGCGCCCAAGCUCCCGUUCUUCAAGUCCCGAGGGUCUCAGACGCCCAUCCACUGUGCGGAAAUCCACGUCGCGGCCUUCGGAUAAGCUGCAGCAUGCCAGUUCCCAGGUGAAUUUGCUGGUGGGUGCUGAAAAGCGGAACUCCUUCAUGCAAGGGCGGCAAGAGUCCAGGCAGCCCAGAGAGUCCAGAGGCAAGGGCAGUGCUUAG